AUUUAUUGAACUGACUUAUACCAUUUUAUUUUGAAUUAAAUAAAUAUUUCCAAUUAUUUAAUAUUACUACAAAUGGUCAGGAAAUUUUUUAAUUAUUUGACUGGAAUACCUGGAAAAGUCAGAGAAUUUCAGUUUCAAAAAUCUGUGGUCGCCAUGUAUCAUAAAGUAAUAAACAGCUUAAUUUAUAUUCAAUUGAAAAAUACUAUAUUGUUGAUAAUAUCAACAAUAAUAACAUAAAAAAUUUUAUCAGAGACAAAUUGUCGGUAACAAUUUUCUUAAAAUUAAAAAAAAAAAUUAAAGAACUGGAUAAGGAUUAAAAAUUUUGAGAUUUAAAUUUUCGCGGAAAAUAAAGAUUAAGGAUUAAACAUAAAAAAAUAUAUUUAGUAAUAUAUAUUUGGCAGCACUGGUGACUCUGCUGCCGGUUUCUGAGAAGAGAGAACAAAAAAUUGUAUAGUGAGUGAGAUAGUAAUUUUUAGUUAAUGUCGAGUCAAGUAAAGUUUUGUGUGUUCGGUGUUGUUUGUGCUUCCGUAAUAAUUUAUGUAUUAAAAAAUAAUAAUAACUACUUAAUGUAAUGAAAGUGUUUUAUUUUUAUUAUUUUAUAUUAUUUAUAUAAUUAAAAUAUAUACAUGUGGAUACAUAUAUAUUAAUUCAAAUAAAACAUUAAAUUUUAUAAAACACAUUGCUACUAAAACCUUUCAAAGCAUUAUUAACAAAUAUUACAUUUAAAUAAAUAAAUAUUUAAAAAUAAAUAAAAUUUGUUAAAUAAAAGGACCAAUAUUUUAAGGAUUACUCAUAAAAUAAAAAAUAUAAUUUAUUUUGAGAAAAUGAGUUCUAAUAAUGUGAAAGCGUUAUUUGCGUGCUCACGGUGUUUCUCAAGACACCCCUUUGAAGAAUUAUCUCCUGGCCAACAGCUGUGCAAGGAAUGUCGUGGUUCAUUUCCUGUGGUUAAGUGUACAUACUGCAGAUCUGAAUUUCAGCAAACAAUAAAAGGUAACACGUGCACAAUUUGCAAGAAAUGCGAGCAAAAUGUUAAGGCUUAUGGUAAACCAUCGGCUUGUGAAUACUGUAAUACUAUUGCGGCAUUUAUUGGUAGUAAAUGUCAAAGAUGUACCAAUUCGGAAAAACGUUAUGGUCCUCCAGUAACUUGUGAGCAGUGCAAACAAAAGUGUGCAUUUGAUAGACAAGAUGAAGACAAAAAGGUUGAUGGUAAACUAUUAUGCUGGCUUUGUACAUUGUCGUAUAAAAGAGCACUGGCUAAAACAAAACAAUCGGAUGCAGAUAGAAGAGCACAUUUGAAACUUGCACAUGAUCGUGCUACUAAACACAAGGAGCAAAAAUUAAAAGGGCAUAAUAAACGGCCGCAUCGUGUUGACGUUACGAAAUUGCCUCCUCAAACAGAAUCUCCAGAAGUAAACGGACCAGCGCCAAUAAAAGUUGCACGAAUGGUUGGAGUUCAUGAUCCUCAUGAUCCCAAUAGUUCUGAUCAUGUCGUUGCUGUUACACAGCUCAAAGAGAAAAUAGCUCAUUUACAAAAACAAUUAUCACUAAAAGAUAGUCAAUUACUUACCAAGGAUAGACAAAUAACCGAUUUAAAAGCUAAAAAUUUUACCGCGGAAGCAGAAUUACGUAAUAAAAUGAAAGCUACUGAAAAAGAAUAUGAUAGUAAAGUAGCAACAAUGCAGUCAAAAAUAUCUGGUCUUUUGAAAGAAGUGGCGACUUUGUCGAAAAGUACGAAACGUGCUGAUCGAUUGGCUGCUACGAAAAAUGAUGCCAGUACCAAUAGUGGAAGUGGUACAGACAGUCCUAUACCUUGAUAAGGAAUUUGUUUAGAUGAAACAACGUGCAUAUUAAAUGUCCAACUUUUAAAUAUAAAUAGCAAAUUUUUUCCAUCUUACAAAAUACGAAAAAAAAAAAACUGUAUUAUUUUUAUAAUUAUCAAUAAGAACAAAUUAUCCUCAAUGUUCCAUGAGUAUACAUCAUUAUUCGAUUUGAUAUUGAGGAUUAGGAUUAAAAUAAUAAUAAUAAUAAUAAUAAUAAUAAUAAUAAUAAUAAUAAUCAGAGCAAUUUUAAAUAUUGCUGUGAAUUGAAUUUGUGUUGUAGACUUUUUUGUUUGACUAAAAAAAAACAGUGUCCGUUAAUUAGUAUCAGUCUUGAUUGUAAAAAAAUAAAAUUGUAAUUUGACGCAUAAUUUGAAAGU